AUGGCAGCGCUCCGCCAUCCGCCCUGCGCCGCUCUUGCUUCCCCAUGGCUGCGCCCAGACGCGCGGCCGCUGCUGCGCAGACCCGCGGGCGCAGGCGGGGCGGAACGCCAUGUGCGCAAUCCGCCACCGAACCGGGUUCGCGGAGUGCGGGCGGAUUCCCGCCGCGCGGAGAGUGAUGCGCGCGGAAAUUGCGCGGACUUGGCGGAACAAGGGGGACUCGGCGUUACGAGACGAGCGCUCCUCUCGACUACCGUCCCUCUCUCCAUCGCCCUGCUCGCGUCCCCUGCUCCCGCAGUCCCUGCCUUGGGCGAUCCUUCGGUCACCAUUGCUGACGUCACUCGCGACGUCACGCCAGCUGGCAAGCUGCCUGCUGCUGAGGAAGCAACUGUGGCACUCUUCGAGCGAACCACCUACUCAGUGGUGAACAUAUUCGACGUGACUCUAAGGCCAAGCAUGAACACCACGGGGCAGGUGGAGGUGCCGGAGGGGAACGGGUCUGGCGUGGUGUGGAACAGCGACGGGUAUAUUGUUACCAACUACCACGUGGUCGGGAGUGCACUCUCGCAAAACCCCCCUGCUGGAAGGACGAUCGCCAGAGUUACUCUGCUAGGGACAGACGGAUUUCAGCGCAAUUUGGAAGGAGUGUUGGUGGGGGCGGAUCGGACCAAGGACCUUGCAGUGCUCAAGGUCUCUGCUCCUCCCAACCUCCUCCGCCCACUCCCUCUCGGCGAUUCCUCCUCCCUGCGGGUGGGGCAGCGAUCCUAUGCCAUCGGCAACCCCUUUGGCUUCGACCACACGCUGACAGCGGGGGUGCUGAGUGGGGUGAAUCGCGAUAUCUACAGCGCAGCAGGCGUGGUCAUUGCAGGGGGCGUGCAGACAGACGCUGCCAUCAACCCCGGCAACAGUGGCGGCCCUCUGCUUGACUCGGCUGGAAGGCUGAUUGGAAUCAACACCGCCAUUUACACCAACACCGGCACAUCUGCCGGGGUGGGCAUUGCCAUUCCUGUAUCAGUGGUGGCGCGCGUGGUUCCCCAGAUUAUCCAGUAUGGCAAGGUCAUUCGCCCCACUCUCAACCUACAGCUGGCUGCUGAUGGCAUUGCCAGGCAGCUGGGUGUGGCAGCAGGGGCGCUGGUGCUCGGGGUGAAGCCUGGAUCAGCAGCGGCCAAGGCAGGGGUGACGGCAACCAGGAGGGGCUUUGCAGGCAACAUUGUGCUGGGAGAUGUGAUUGUAGCGAUUGAUCAGUACACUGUGAAAAUGGCUGCUGAUGUGGACAAGGCCUUGGAUGACCUGUCAGCAGGUCAAACUGUGUCGCUUCAGUUAUUGAGAAAUGAUGUGUUUCGCCAAACGUCGUCACGUCAAAAUCGUUAUCGCCAACCUGCGUCUGUCCGUUAUUCGGUAACACCUUCAUGGGGUUCGUCCAACCACCCGCGCUUGUGCAGCAGGAAUGCGCGCACGGACAAUGCGGCUGUGUCGAAGCUGAAUGCGCGCACGGACAAUGCGGCUGUGUCGAAGCUGAAUGCGCGCACGGACAAUGCGGCUGUGUCGAAGCUGAAUGCGCGCACGGACAAUGCGGCUGUGUCGAAGCUGAAUGCGCGCACGGACAAUGCGGCUGUGUCGAAGCUGAAUGCGCGCACGGACAAUGCGGCUGUGUCGAAGCUGAAUGCGCGCACGGACAAUGCGGCUGUGUCGAAGCUGAAUGCGCGCACGGACAAUGCGGCUGUGUCGAAGCUGAAUGCGCGCACGGACAAUGCGGCUGUGUCGAAGCUGAAUGCGCGCACGGACAAUGCGGCUGUGUCGAAGCUGAAUGCGCGCACGGACAAUGCGGCUGUGUCGAAGCUGAAUGCGCGCACGGACAAUGCGGCUGUGUCGAAGCUGAAUGCGCGCACGGACAAUGCGGCUGUGUCGAAGCUGAAUGCGCGCACGGACAAUGCGGCUGUGUCGAAGCUGAAUGCGCGCACGGACAAUGCGGCUGUGUCGAAGCUGAAUGCGCGCACGGACAAUGCGGCUGUGUCGAAGCUGAAUGCGCGCACGGACAAUGCGGCUGUGUCGAAGCUGAAUGCGCGCACGGACAAUGCGGCUGUGUCGAAGCUGAAUGCGCGCACGGACAAUGCGGCUGUGUCGAAGCUGAAUGCGCGCACGGACAAUGCGGCUGUGUCGAAGCUGAAUGCGCGCACGGACAAUGCGGCUGUGUCGAAGCUGAAUGCGCGCACGGACAAUGCGGCUGUGUCGAAGCUGAAUGCGCGCACGGACAAUGCGGCUGUGUCGAAGCUGAAUGCGCGCACGGACAAUGCGGCUGUGUCGAAGCUGAAUGCGCGCACGGACAAUGCGGCUGUGUCGAAGCUGAAUGCGCGCACGGACAAUGCGGCUGUGUCGAAGCUGAAUGCGCGCACGGACAAUGCGGCUGUGUCGAAGCUGAAUGCGCGCACGGACAAUGCGGCUGUGUCGAAGCUGCCUCGUAAUAGCAGGCGUUUCCUGACACGCGCAUCGCAAUCUGGUGACGCCCAGACACCUGGUGAAAGGACCUUAAAGGCCAUUAGGGAUGCUGCGGGGGCAAAAAGCGGAGCGGCCGCCGAUAAAUCCGGCGUAGGAAACGGCGGGGAUGCCGGCAGUAGCAGCGGCAACACAGCGCAAUCGGCACUGGAACGCGCACUCGCGUAUAAGGCGAAGAGACAACAGCAGCAGUCAGGAGCGACCGCAAUCGCGACAGCAACACCUGCUGACAGUAAUGCUAACGCUUCCGACGGUAUUAACGCCUCAAGCAGCAGCUAUGGCGGCGCCGCUGCUACCGGUACUCUCGGUGCUGCUCCUGCUGCUACCAGCAGUGGCACCAGUGCCGGGGCGCGCGCGCGCAGCGCGUCGACUCCGUCGGUUACUGGCGCGGAUUUUCUGGGAUUAGGGUUUCAGGAGGAGCGGGAGAAGCAGCAGGGGCGCGGGAAGGGGCCGCUGCCAGCUGGCCUGCAAGCUGACGUGGUAUUCGACCCGGCCACGUCAGGAGGGAGUCUGCCGCAAGUGGAGAUGAUCGUCGGGUCGCGUGUGAUUACAAAGAGGGGGGAGGUCCCGGGGGAGCAGCGGCAGGGGGGGGCGCAGGGGGAGGGGGAAGGGGGAGCGGGGGGAGGGGGAGCGGGGGGAGCGGAGAGCGAGUAUAAGCCUAAGGUUGCGACGUGGGGGGUAUUCCCGAGGCCUAGAGACAUCUCUAGAACGUGUGGCGGAGGGCGCACCAUCAGGCCUGGGGAAGCAAGCACUGGAGAGGAGAAGCGGGAGAGGGAGGAGAAGAUGCCAUUUCCACCGUUCUCCACCCCUCGCCUUCAUCGACCUUCCUCCCCUUCUUCCCAUCUUCCCCUUCAGUAUGGGGGUGGGCGCACCAUCAGGCCAGGGGAUGCGCUAGAGAGGAGGAGAAGAGGGAGAGGGAGGAGAAGACGAGGAGGGGAGGGGGCGAGAUCACCAUGCCGUUUCUCUUUGCCGCAGCAACCUCCUGUGCCUACCCUUCUUUCCUUCUCUGUCUUUUCCCUUCAGUACGGCGGUGGGCGCACCAUCAGGCCAGGGGAGGCGCUAGAGACAGAGGAGGAGAAGCGGGAGAGGGAGGAGAAGACAAGAAGGCUGUUAGGUUAUAGAGAUCCCACCAUUGCUGAUGCCAUCUCCACCGUUCUCCACCCCUCUUCCCCACCAACCGUUCUGCCCUUUCAGUACGGGGGGGGGCGCACCAUCAGGCCAGGGGAGGCUCUAGAGACAGAGGAGGAGAAGAAGGAGAGGGAGGAGAAGACGAGGAGGCUGUUAGACGAGUACAACAGAAGGAUGGGCUUUAAGAUGGACCCUGCUGUCAAGGCGGAAUGCGAGGAGGCAAUGAGGGAGGGAGCGGUGCUGAUGGAGAGGGGCAAGCUGAGGGAGGCACUGGAGCAGUUUGGCGUGGUGGUGGCCAAAACGACCUUUCAGAACGAGAUGCACGGCCGGGCUGCUAUUCAGCAAGCUGUGUGCCUCGACUCCCUUGCCCGGUCGGACGAGGCCAAGGCCAUGUAUGAGAGGCUGACAGGGCAUCCUAAUGAAGGGGUCAAGAGGAAGGCUCGGCAGAUGCUGUUUGGCUUCCAGGCAGCAGAGAAUCUUCGUUUCACUGGUGGCUCAGACUACGACUCGUCUUGGUACAAGAAAUACUUCGAUGCAUUCGCAAAAGGUUCCAAGUAUAAUAAUGUCUACAAGGCAACGCAAGAGGAUGAGGAGGAGAGCAAUAAACAGCUGUUGCAAGAUGCGCUGCUGUAUGGGCUCUUGUUGCUCAUGCCUGUUGUGCUUAUUCUGGCAGUGGUGGCAACAAGGAAUGCGACCUGA